AAUAUACCCCAAUUUCCAUGUUUCAACAGCGGCUAGUACUUCAAGUUAGUUAAUUGAUUUACCACAAGCUAGUAACGCCCUAACCAUAAACCGGGUUAACCAAUCAGAACACCGCGUUAAGGCAGGAUGGGAGGAGGGUAAACAAACCUUAAGAGACCGUCACGGCCGUCAAAUUUCCCUGUCGGAAACUUCUCGCUCCAUUUCGCUCGAGGACGAGAAGCGAUGCUGACCAAGGAACACGCGGGGAGACCCAAGAGUUGGCCCCGGCCAGACUCGGCCGGCUACAGGCUGGCGAACUACAUGCUAGAGAACAACAUGUAUCUGCCAAUCGAAGAGGGAGGGGAAGGGGAAAACGAAACAACGCCCUCUCUCGUUCCGCGCGAGAACGGCAUCAAGAGAAACGCGUCCCGCGGCACGAGGGUGGUGUGGCGAGACGUGAAGGUGGUGGUGGAGGACAAGGUACUGUUGAAGGACGUGGCAGGCCAGGUGGAGCCGGGAGAGAUUCUCGCCGUCAUGGGGCCUAGUGGUGCGGGAAAGACAACCCUGUUGAACACGCUGGCCGGCAGGAUCCCCGACUCCAGCCUGGACACCGGCUCCAUCACGUUUAACGGCGAGCCGCUCUGCAAGAGACUCAAGCGGCGGAUCUGCUACGUUCUGCAGCAGGAUAUCUUCUUCGCCACGCUCACACUCAGGGACACGCUCAUGUUCACAGCCAUGCUGCGGCUGCCAGACGCCAUGCCGUAUGCCGAGAAGGUGAAGAAAGUCGACUGGAUUGUGGAGGUGCUGGAUCUCAAGAAAUGUCUGGAUACGAAGAUCGGAGAUGACCUGUCGCGGGGGCUGUCGGGAGGAGAGAGAAAGCGCGCGAACAUCGGGUGUGAGCUGCUCACAGACCCGGCUCUCAUUCUGCUGGACGAGCCGACCUCUGGCCUGGACUCCAGCACGGCCCUGAGUCUGAUCCGGACGGUGAAGCGACUCGCCCUGUCCGAGAACAAGACUGUGGUCACCACCAUCCACCAGCCGUCCUCUCAGAUCUUCACGGUCUUCGACAAGCUGUGCCUGGUUCUUAACGGAGAGCUGGCUUACUUCGGAAAAGCGAGUGAAGUUUUGGACUUUUUUGAAAAUCUCGGCAUGCCGUGUGAACCUCACUACAAUCCGGCAGAUUUCAUCUUGGAGAAAAUGAAGGAAAGCAAAGAGGUUGAGUUGAAGAUCCUAGCUGGCUCGUACGAGAGACGGAAGACGUGUAGACUGGCACCGUUAGGUGAGAACGAAGUGGUGAUGAGAAGGCCUAGGGAAGAAGAGUCGUACCCGAGCAGCAGCAACGGAGGGUCGACCUACGUGCGGAUGGACAGUGAGAAAGGCACCGCUACAUACUGGGCUGGCGGCUCGUCAGGACGUAAGUGGAGUUCUGGUGAUAAGGACACCCCAGAAGAGAAGCAGGGGAAAUGGCCCACCGGUUUCCUGACUCAGUACCGGGUCCUGACGCAGAGAAACUUCCUCCAGGCCAGGCCCAAGAUGCUGAGUAAGUGGAACUUCAUCCAGACCUUCGGGAUCGGCCUGAUCAUCGGACUGAUGUGGUUCCAGAUCCCGCACACUGAGGAUAGGAUCAUGGACGUAGGAGGAGUGCUGUUCUUCUGUGUCAUGUACUGGGGCUUUGUUUUCGUCAUGGAUGCCCUGGCCGCAUUUCCCAUGGAGCUCGUGGUACUAAACAAAGAGAGAGCGGCUGGCUACUACCGUCUGUCGGCGUACUACCUGGCCAAACUGACCAGUGAGCUGCCCCUGACCCUUCUACUGCCUAGUGGCUUCCUUACACUGUGUUACUGGAUGGCCGGGCUCAAUACGGUCGGACCCUUCUUCGCAACGUGGGCGGUCCUCAUGCUCAGCUCAUUGGCUGGACAGUCCCUGGGCCUGUUCAUCAGCGCUGCCUGUCUGGACUUCCAGCGAGCCGUGACAGUAGCCUCUAUCUUCAUGAUGGGCUCGUCUCUCCUGGGCGGGUUCUACACCACACAGGUUCCACACUGGCUCGCCUGGGUCAAAUUUACUUCAUUCCUCAACUACGCCUUCCACGGGAUGCUGAUCAUAGAGUUUACCCCGGAAAACCCUUUCAGUUGUGCCCCACCGGCGACGUCUGCCUUCGAGCUGUGCCGCAGUAACGCUACCGUGAACGGCACGGUGCCUGUCCUGCCGCCGGAGUACAUCCUGGGCGGGCUGAAGGUGGAGCUUCCCCUGUACACGGACAUCGCCAUGCUGAUCGCCUUCAUCGUGGUGUUCAGGGCACUGGCCUACGUCAUUCUCCGCUUCAUCUACAAGCCCAGAUGAGCUGCCUGCUUUCACUGAACCCCAGGCUUUUCUAGCCUCCUUCGCAGUCUUGUUGGACG